AUACACACACGCUCACACACAUACAUACAUACAUUCAUAGAGAGUAGAGGGUGCGCACGUGCGUGUGUACACAUAUGUGCAUAUAUGAGUGCGUCAGUGUAUUUCUGAGAUGAGAAGCUGUGAGUCAGGAUAUUGAACAACAAAUCGCCACCGACAGGAGCUGAGAUCGGACCACGCUUCUUUUUACUCUAGUCACCAAGUACUACUCUACCACCGUAUUACAGGAUGAAAAAACUUAAAUAUAGUUGCAAGAAUAAUGGAAGGUCUAUGUUUUCCCCUGCACCAGUUUCCCUUUAUCCAAAGAAAGACAAAUUAUCUUCGACAGAGAAGAAACAAAUUCAAACAGAAUACGGACAGUUACAAGAAAUGGUUCCAACAAUAGCAAACAGACGUCGAGUGACGAAGAGACAAGUGGUAAGGGAAGCAACUCUUUAUAUCGACCAAUUACAUUCAGAAUUAUUAGAAAAAUUACAUCAUAAUGGAUUCUCUGAUUUUGACAUGAAUCUGAACAGCUUGAACAACUUGGUAAUAAACCUUAUGCAGAAUAAUUUAGAUCUGAAUAAACCCAGUAAUACGCUUGUUAACAAGUGAACAGACACAUACAUACAUACAUACAAACAUACGUAUGUAUGUAUAUAUGUAUACACACACACACACACAGAUAUAUAUAUACAAAAACAAAAAAAGAAAAGUGGAAAGAAACGAAAUGUAAGGUUUUGCUUUUUUGUGAUUAAAACGAAGAUUUGCCAAUGAAGGAUUUUCUACGAAUACCGUGAUUCAAACAGGACUUGAUAUUUGUAAAA